CGGACUCUGACAGAGCUAACAGACUUUCCUGAGUUCUGUUCUCUAUAUAUACUCUGUUAUGUUCAAUGAAACGCCUUCCCUUUGCCUGUUUUUCAUUUCGAAAUUGCGGAAAAUAUGUUCCGGAACGAGGACUCUGGCUGCAGAGCAGGUGAAGUUGCCGCUGUGCAUCAAAAUGGUGUAGGACUUGUUGAUAAUCCGAUACUAGUGCUGGUUUAUUUCCAUAAGGCUCUGAGGGCGGAGUUUGCCGAGCUGCGUCGCGUCGCGGUGGAGGCCUUGGAGAGUGGCACGCAUGGCGUGGAGCUUCUUGUUAUGCUGAGGAAACGGUUUGAGUUUCUUAAGCUGUUUUACAAGUAUCAUUCUGCGGCUGAAGAUGAGGUUAUAUUUCUAGCAUUAGAUGAGCUUGUAAAGAAUGUGGUAUCGACGUAUUCACUAGAACAUAAAAGCAUAGAUGAUCUUUUUGAUUCUGUUUUCAACUGCUUGGAUGUUCUAGACAAGGAAGGGAAAGAUAAUUACAAGACAUUUCAAGGACUUUUGUUUUGCAUUGGUACGAUCCAGACAACAAUUCACCAGCAUAUGCUCAAAGAAGAGGAGCAGGUCUUCCCUUUGCUGAUGCAGCAGUUUUCGUCUUCUGAACAAGCUUCACUUGUUUGGCAGUUCAUGUGUAGUGUUCCCGUGACACUGUUAGAAGAUUUUUUACCAUGGAUGAUAUCAGUCCUUUCACCCGAUGAAAAAAUAGAAGUCAGCCGCAGUAUGAAGGAGAUUGUACCAAAAGAGAAACUACUGCAGGAGGUUGUAAUUUCUUGGAUUGAUAACGAAGUACCUGCGACUGGAGGCUGCACGAGUAUACGUGAACAAGGAGCUCAAUUUAAUAAUGGACUUGGAACACAUCGUGAAACUAGUAUACAGCAUUCUUUUGAUGGUAUUCGUCUUUGGCAUGACGCUAUUAGGAAGGAUCUACAAGAAGUCUUGAUCGAGCUCUAUCAAAUCAGAAUAUCAAGCGAAUUUUCAGAUUUACCGUCACUAGUUGUAGACCUAAACUUUUUGGCAGAUACCCUCAUCUUCUACAGCAAGGCAUUGUCUAAUAUAAUCUAUCCCCUGUGGAAUGAACUUGCCAAGGAUUUCUAUUCUGCCCGUUAUGCCCAAUAUCUGGAUGAGAGGAAAAUUGAAGGCCUUCAGAGGUUGUUGUACUAUAAAUCCGAGAAAACAAUUCCACUGAGAAGCUAUGUGGAAAAGCUCUACGAAGAACUUAUGUCAUUUGCAAGCUGGAUUGAUGAAAACUUGAGCUUGAUAGAAGCAGAGGUUUUUCCAUUAAUACGCAUGAAUUGCAGCCGUGAUAUGCAGCAAUGGCUACUUUACACAUGCCUUAAGAUGAUGCCACUCGGGCUGAUAAAGUGUGUGAUCACAUGGUUUUCUGCUCACUUAUCUGGGAACGAGGCCAAGUCUGCUCUUAAAAUAAAUCUAGAAGGUCCUUUAGCCAGAAAUCCAUUGGCUUCUCUUUUAUGCCACUGGUUACGUAUCAGUUAUUCAGGAAAAUCUUCGAUAGAAAAGUUCAAAGAAGACUUGAGAGAAAUGUUCAACAGUAGGUGCUUGUUACUCUGUAAACAGAUUAAGGAGGAUUCUGAGCUUUCCCAUCUCCCUCUGGAUGAUAAACACCACAAUACAUCUAGCUGUCGGAAACCACAAAAAUCCACAGACACGGAGAACAAAUUUCCUACUUUUUCAUGUUCUUCCACCAAAAGAAAUAGGAAGUGUGAUACAUCAUACACUAGUGGGAUGAACUUUCAUGUAUCCUUCCCGCAAAUUUUAAAUAUCCCUUCUUACCUUUCUCAGAAUCCUGAAGUGAGCAGUAUAGUCAGUUCCUUCACUAUACUUGACACAAAUCCCAUGGACCACAUUAUUUACUUUCACAAAGCUCUCAAGAAGGAUCUGGAAUAUCUUGUCCUUGUUUCAGCUAAGUUGGCUGAGAAUGUAGGUUUUCUAAUGGACUUCCAUCGUUGCUUCCAUCUUCUGCAAUUCUUUUAUCAGAUACAUAGUGAUUCAGAGGAUAACAUUGCCUUUCCGGCUCUUGAGGCAAAGGGGAACUUUCAAAAUAUUAGCCAUUCCUACAGCAUUGACCAUAAAUUAGAAGGUGAACAAUUUAUCAAAGUUUCCAAUAUUCUUGAUGAAAUUUCAAAGUUGCGUACAUAUUCUGAUGCUGAUGUGGAUGCAUCGGGUCAUCAACAGCCAAAAUAUGGGCAAUUGUGUUUCAAGCUUCAUGCUAUGUGCAUUUCAAUGCACAAAGUACUUUGUGAUCACAUUGAUCAUGAAGAAAUUGAGCUGUUGCCAUUAUAUAGAGAAUAUUUCUCUGUUGAGGAGCAAAUGAAGAUCACUGGAAACAUGCUUGGAAGAAUGAGAGCAGAAAGUCUGCAAGAGUUGAUACCGUGGCUAGUGGCAUCUUUAACCCCUGAGGAACAGCAAGCCAUGAUGUCUUUAUGGCGUAAGGCUACUAAAAAUACAAAGUUUGAUGAGUGGCUCGGAGAAUGGUGGGAAGGUGGGCUUUUCACCGCUGUGGAGAAGGUUGAAGAGAAGCAGACAAAUACUCUUCCAACAUAUACUGGAGAUGCUGUGGAGGUUGUUUUAAAAUAUAUGGUGGAAGAAGGUGCUCAUGACAAUGGAGGCAUCAUACAUGACAGGAGCACUGGGAUCUCCCAAAAUGAAAUUAGUGGCUGUAAACGUGAUCCCUGCGGAGUACCUAGUGCAACAGAAGAGAAUCACCGAUUAAAAGAAGACCAUUGUAAAGAUAAUUACACAGUUGAGGCUGACAAAGUAAGAGGCAAGGAAAUAACAGGUAAUUCUGACCUCGAUGAAACUGGAAAGCUUGUACAAGCCAGUCAGCAUUUAAAGGAGGAGAGAGACCUUCCCAUUUUGAGUCAAGAAGAACUGGUGGCAGCAAUAAGACGAGUUCAUAACGACUCUAAGCUGGAUCUUGCAUCAAAAGCACGUAUAAUCCAAAGUUUGCAUACAAGCCGUUCUUCUGCUGCCCAGCCCAAAGUGAAUUCAGAGACCACAAGAUCAAGAAAUGAGGAAAACGUUUCAGGACAAAGUGCAUCUUAUCGAGAUCCACUGAAAUUAACUUUUGGCUGCAAACACUAUAAGAGGAACUGCAAACUUGUUUCUGCCUGUUGCAAUAAGCUCUACACAUGCAGACUUUGUCAUGAUGAUGUUGAAGAUCAUAUUAUGGAUAGAAAAGAUACUGCCAAGAUGAUGUGCAUGAAAUGUCUAAUUAUUCAACCAGUUGGUGCCACCUGCUCAACUCCUUCUUGCCAGAAGCUAUCCAUGGCCAAAUACUACUGUAGCAUCUGCAAAUUUUUCGAUGAUGAGAGGGAGAUCUACCACUGUCCUUACUGUAACCUGUGCCGGCUUGGGAAGGGACUGGGGAUCGACUAUUUUCACUGCAUGAAUUGCAAUGCUUGCAUGUCGCGGUCUCUCUCAGUGCAUAUAUGCAGAGAGAAGUGUUUUGAAGAUUUCUGUCCGAUAUGCCAUGAGUUUAUCUUUUCUUCUAGCUUACCCGUCAAGGCCCUUCAAUGCGGUCAUCUGAUGCACUCAUCAUGUUUCCAGGCUUACACUUGUUCCUACUAUACCUGUCCGAUCUGCAGCAAGUCACUUGGAGAUAUGCAGGUAUAUUUUGGGAUGCUCGAUGCAUUGCUGGCUGAAGAGAAAAUCCCAAUUGAACAUGCUGGCCAGACUCAGGUCAUAUUAUGCAAUGACUGUGAAAAGAGAGGAGAUUCUCCGUUUCACUGGCUCUACCACAAGUGCCCACAUUGCGGUUCAUUCAAUACCAGGGUUGUAUAGACUGUAAUUACAUUCGAGUUCUCCAGCUAGAUUCUCUCUAGCAAUUUUGUAAAGAAUAAAAAGAACAAUUCAUGAGCAAUUUCUAUAUCAGUUAGUGAGUUUGAGAA